UAAACAUUUUAUUGGCUCACCGGCUUAAUCAUUGAAAACUGUUUUUCACUCAAAUUGUUCAAUCUCUGUGAUGAGAUUAGCCGAAUGAAUGAGAAAUUUUAUUGAGUAUUCAAUUCAUCAUUUAUCAAUUUAAAUAGCUCAACUGAUAUCUUUCAACCUUGUUUUCUCUUCUCAUCUGUAGUCUACAUUACAAUCUUGCCUCACCCAUAAUUCAUACCUGAGUCAAAUUUCUCUCAUCUCCACUGGAUAUGGCUAAUCAUCUACCCGCAAUCGUUAUUGACAAUGGUACCGGUUAUACCAAGUUAGGUUAUGCUGGAAACACUGGACCUCAAUACAUUAUUCCCUCGUCCAUAGCUAUCAAGGAGACAUCUAAAGUUGGUGAUCAGGCUUCUCGCCGGUUAGCUAGAGGAAUUGAUGAUCUAGACUUUUUUAUUGGAGAUGAAUGUAUUGAUCUCAACGGAUACUCUAUAAAAUAUCCUAUUCGUCAUGGAAUUGUUGAAGAUUGGGACCUUAUGGAACGAUUUUGGGAACAAUGCAUCUUCAAAUACUUGAGAGCAGAACCAGAGGAUCAUUAUUUUCUUUUAACGGAACCGCCCUUAAAUACACCAGAAAAUCGGGAAUAUACGGCUGAAAUCAUGUUCGAGUCUUUCAAUGUACCUGGUUUAUAUAUCGCUGUUCAGGCUGUUCUUGCCUUGGUGGCUUCCUGGUCUGCCACUAAUGGUGUUCAAAGUUUGACCGGAAUUGUUGUUGACUCUGGGGAUGGUGUUACCCAUGUUAUUCCCGUUGCCGAUGGCUAUGUUAUUGGAAGUUGUAUCAAACAUAUUCCAAUUGCUGGACGUGAUAUUACUUAUUUUAUUCAGAGUCUUCUCCGUGAACGUGAAUUCAACAUUCCACCUGAACAAUCUCUAGAAACUGCCAAGGCAAUAAAAGAAAAGUUUUGCUAUAUAUGUCCCGAUAUUGCUAAAGAGUUUGAUAAAUUUGACAAAAAUCCUUCUAAAUGUGUCAAAAAAUAUUCCGGUGUCAAUCACAUUACUAAACAACCCUUUGACGUCGAUGUAGGAUUUGAGCGAUUCCUUGGUCCGGAAAUAUUUUUUAAUCCUGAAAUUGCUAACCCUGAUUUCAGUACAUCAAUCUCAGAUAUUGUAGACAAUUGUAUACAAAACUGUCCCAUCGAUGUGCGAAGACCUCUGUAUAAGAAUAUUGUACUCUCUGGUGGCUCAACAAUGUUUAAAGAUUUCGAUAAGCGUUUAGAACGUGAUAUCAAACGAUUAUGCAAUGCCCGGCAAAAAUUAAGCACCCAGCUAUCUCAAGGAAACAUCACUCCAAGUCAAAUGAACGUAAAAGUCGUUUCCCAUUCAAUGCAACGUUAUGCUGUUUGGUUUGGUGGAUCCAUUUUAGCCUCGACAAAUGAGUUCUAUACAACAUCCCAUACUAAACAGAAAUAUGAAGAGUAUGGUCCUAGUAUUUGUCGUCACAAUCCUGUUUUUGGUGCUCUCAUUUGAAUCAUUCUUUUCUUUAUUUUGCACCGAAUUUCUUUUACAUUUCUUUUCCUAUUUUUACCUUUCCCUUGCCUUGAUGGCUAACAAACGAUCAAAAAUGGUGUUAACCACUGGAUUGUUUUCAAUAAUUUGUUAGCACAAAACUUUAAAAGUGUCUCUUUCAAGUAACACAUUGAUUACAAUGUUUCAUUACUUGAUUGAUUACAGACCAGAAAAAACAACUAAAAAAAUGUUUGAGAAAAAAGGUUUUGGUCUUGAAAUCUAAUUAAAUUGUUUAAUCUUUCUAUUCUCACCCUGCAAUACAUUUCUUCGAUGUGAAGUCAUAAAACACAGAAACAAGCAGAAGCCAUCAGAAAUGAUAAUCAAUUGUUUAGUUUAUCCAUCCAUGUAUUUUAUAAUAUAACUUGUUUAAUUUUAA